AGAAGUGCGCCUGCGCAGUUCCCCUCCCGUUGCUCCGCUGAGGCACUAAAGUCCGCAGAAAAGCGGUAAAAUGUGCGCCACGGUGCAGCUGCUGCGGGUGUCGGUACAUGAGCGGAUCAGCGCCGCCGCUGAAGACUUUCUGCUGCAGGCGGGAAAAGGAGAAUUAACGGCAGAAGUCCCGGUGUCGCUGAGAGCGCUGCUCACCGAGCGGCUAACGGCGGCUGCGGAGGAGAUUGUCGGUCUGUUUGAGGAAACCGUGGCGGAGUACGAAGACAGAGUGGAGCGGUCAGAGCGGGAGAUCUGCCGCCAGAGGAGGCUGCUCGAUGCCGUGCUGAAGCCCCAAGUGAAGCUGCACAGAGCGGACGUCCAGCAGCUGUCGGUGAUUAAAGAAGAGGUUCCCCCUGAGCAGCAGCAGGAGUGGAGACCCAGUCUGGACCAGGAGGACCCAGAGCCCCCACACAUUAAAGAGGAACAGGAGGAAGUCAGGACCAGUCAGGAGGGAGAGCAGCUUCAAGGUUUCACAUUCACUCCUGUCCCUGUGAAGAGUGAAGAUGAUGAUGAUGAAGAAAAACCUCAAUCCUCACAGCUUCAUCAAAGACAAACUGAACAGAUGGAAACAGAUGAUGGAGAGGACUGUGGAGGAAUAGAACCAGGCAGGAACUCAGAUCCAGAUUUACAACCAGACAUCGAUUACAAGACGUCAGAAUUUUCUGUGGCUGAGAUUGAAAUCAGUUGCGACGAUUGGGAAGAGAGCAUAGAACCUCUGUCAGGUCUGAAUUCUGUGAACGAAAACCCUGUGAGUGAGAAGAAAAGUAAUAAUGUGGAGAAACCAUUCAGCUGCUCUGAGUGUGGGAAGAAAUUUGCCAAAAACGGCUUCCUGGAGACACACAUGCGAACACACACAGGGGAGAAACAGUUUAGUUGCUCAGUGUGUGGGAAGAAAUAUACAAUAUACAGAUAUUUGCUCCAACACAUGGCCGUCCACAGUGGGGAGAAACAACAACAAACCUGCAGCAUUUGUAACAAAAGACUGGUUUGGCACUCGGGAGUCGAAUGCCAUAACUGUGAUAAAAGUGAGUGUGAUAAAAGACUUUGCUACAGUCAUCACCUGAAGAAAGACAUGGGGACGGACGAGAAUCUAUUCAGUUGUUCAGUUUGUAGUAGAAAAUUCACACAGAGGGGAUAUCUGAUGCAACAUAUGGCACGCCACACAGGGAAGAUCCGAUUCCGCUGCUGUGUUUGUGACAAAAGAUUUGCUUGGCGUCAUGAGCUCAAGAGCCACAAGUGUGUUGGUGAUUCAUCACAGCCUUUUCAGAGCCAAAGUGAGGGGAACAGAGAGUUUCUAGCCAGCAGCUCUACUGAACGGAGGGAAACAGGAGCUGCUGGAGAGGACUCUGGAGGAUCGGAGUCUGAUGACAAGACUUCAGACUCUUCAGAACCUGAGACUAAAGUCAGAGACGAUGAUGGGAAACAGACCAGGGAAACUCAGUCAGUUUUAAACUCUGCAACAAAUAAUGUAGUCCCUGUAAGUGAUGCAGGAAGUAGCAUUGAUAACAAAUCUUUUAUCUGUUGUGAGUGUGGCAAAACGUUCUGUGGUGAGGAAAAUCUGAAGACGCACAUGAGAACUCAUGCGGGAGAGAAACCAUUCAGCUGCUCAUUUUGUGAGAAAGGGUUCACUCAAAAAAGAUAUCUGACAAACCACCUGACAGGCCACACGGAGGAGAAACGAUUCCUUUACUGCGUUUGUGGCAAAAGAUUUGCUUGGCGUUAUAAUCUCAAAAAGCACAAGUGUGUCAGUGAGUCCUCACACCUUCAGCAGAGCCAGACGGAGAACAGAGAGGUAGAGUCUCUAGCCAGCAGCUCAAAAACCUCAGACUCUUGUAAUCUUCAGAUUGAAGUCGGUGCUGAUGAUUGUAACGAGACCAGGGAAUUACAAUCAAGUUUAAACUCUCAGAAAAAUGAUGAAGCCCUUGACAGUGAUAUAAGUGAUAUUGCAGAGAGACCAUUCAGCUGCUCUCAGUGCGCUAAAAGAUUUCGGCGAAAGAAAAAUCUGCAGGAACACAUGAGAAUUCAUACUGGAGAAAAACCAUAUGGUUGUUCAGUGUGUAUGAAAUAUUUUUCUUGCAGCGGAUCGUUACGAAAACACCUGAGAAUCCACACAGGAGAGAAACCCUUCAGUUGCUCUGUGUGUGGUAACCGUUUUACUGAAAGUGGACAUCUGAAGGUACACAUGAGAACUCACACGGGAGAGAAACCAUUCAGUUGUUCAGUUUGUGGUAAAUGUUUUACCUGGAGGCAAAGCUUCAAUAACCACAUGAAGUAUCAUACAGGAACAACCAGAGAAAUGAACUAGGGAUGCAUUAUGAUAUUCAGGAAGAGUCAAACUCUUCUAGUCAGAGUUGUAAAUACUUCUCAGGCACAGCUUGUGUUCAUGUAAAGUUGUGAGAUCUCUGUGCUGUUCACACAACUUUCUCCCUCAUCUUUGUCAAGAAGCCGAUCCAGUCGGCGCAGGUUAGCUGUAUGUGAACCUUUUGCAGAAAUGUGUGUCACUGCACAGAUCAACUAACCGCCAACAGUUAUUAAACAUUUACUGAUUGUUAUAAACAAACAAAUCCACUGUGAAUCAAUUUACUUUGAUUUAAGACAUGCUACUCAUCUCUUUUUUUAGUUUCUUUUACCCUCAAACAGAUAAAAAAACAUAUAAUACAACCACUACAGUGUUAAAUACACAGAGGCAGUGCGACACAGCAGGGCAACAUUGUAGAUGUUUUUAGAUUUCACAUUAAAAUGAUCCAGUUAAUACGGCCCUCAGUAUGCACACAGUGCCAAACAUAGAUGCUUCUGAAACAUCCUCAGUCGGGUUUAAAGGUCACAGAGCCAGAUGGUGUCACAGAUGUUAUAAAGCCUUAUAGUUAGAUAUAAACAGUUCCUGUCUGAAAGCAAUGAAACAGGGAGUUGAGUCCUCUCCUCUCAUUAAAGCUGAUGGGACUCCACUGAGCAGGAGGUCAGAGACGCACUUCAGACCAGAUUCAGACAGCAGAGUGAGAUUAUUAGAUUAUUAGAUCAGAUUAUCAGAUUAUUAGAUCAGAUUAUUAGAAUGACUUUGGAAAUGCCAAUUUAGAACUGUGAGAUAUCACUUCCAUGAGGCUGUGAACACUUGCAGCUAUAGUUAAAGCUGCAGUUUAUAUUUUAGUAUUAUAAUGUUGAUUAAUUAUUGACAAUCAUUAAUACCACCAAAACAAUACACUGAAGCAGUUGACCAAUAACAUCACAUAAAAUGAGUGGAUGAAAUGAAGGCUGCACGUUAUGGUAAACUAUCAUAUUGAGUUUAUUUUGACAGAUAUUAGAAUUGCGAUAUUUGCAGUAUGUGGGAAUGAUCCUUUUCUUUCUUUAUCACAUCUGGAGGAGAUUUAUAGGCAGCGCCACAUAAAGUCAUGUUUUAUCAAAAGAUGGCAGCUUCUACGAUUUGGAUAAUAUUUUGAUGAAUUGUGAAGCCCUAGAUGACAAUAUGUUUUAUAUAAAAUCAUAUAGUGAUGUACAUUGAAUAAAGACACAUAUUUUAGGCAAAGGUAAAUAUUAUAGGCAGAUGUUAAUGUCAACCAGCACUGGUGGCGUCCAUGAUCUUUCUGACUCGUAAUGCCCAAAGACAAAUGGAACGCUAUAAGUGGUACAAGCCAGGCAAUUACGUCACAUUCUCGCGUCAGAGCAACUCGGGCGGGGUAUUUACGAGACAAAUGGAUAUCACCAAACCACAUUAUAAACUAUCUGAGGGUUAAUACAUUUCUGUUGUCUCUGAUGACUCCACCCCUCAUAUCACUUAUUAUUUACAUUACGAUACAGGAACUUCCCUUUAACGUUUCUUACUUUUGGUGAAUAUUUUUUAUUCUUUGCCUGUUUAAUUAGUAGAAUAAUGAUGGUUGUAUUUUCUGUACUUUAUUUUGUCUUUGUUUUAUCGAUUACCCUGUGUGGUGUUUGAUGUGUUGAAUCCAUAUUGUAACUAACAGGAAAAAUUAUAAAACAUAAACAUUAAUGUCAGUUUAUGGUUCCAUGUAUCCUAAAGUUUCAUGUUGCAAUCAGUAAAGUUUAUUUUAGAAAA